UCACUGCCGCUUCCAGCGCCGCUGUGGAGUGCGCGUGCACGGACGCAAAAUGAAGCGCUUAACUUUGUUUGCUCUGGCUAUCACAUUAAUCGCGACAGUUUUCGCCGCGAAAUCCCCGUAUCAAGCGGUUCUUCAGCACAGCAGGAUAAGAGGAAGAACACAUGGCCCCAAUGUCUGUGCUAUGCAGAAGAUUCAAGGAACGGAUAAGAAGUACUUCACCAACUGCAAGCAAUGGUAUCACCGCAAAAUCUGUGGCAAACCAACGGUGAUCAGCUAUGAGUGCUGCCCUGGCUAUGAGAAGGCCAUUGGAGAAAAAGGCUGUCCAGCAGCUUUACCUCUGGCGAACAUCUAUAAAACCCUGGGUGUGGUUGGAGCCACUACUACUAAGAUGUACUCUGAAAGAGCGAAAUUGCAGGAGGAGAUCGAAGGACCCGGCAGCUUCACAUUCUUCGCUCCCAGCAAUGAGGCUUGGGCUGCGCUUCCCACUGAAAUUCUGGAUGCACUGGUGAGCAACGUCAACAUUGAACUCCUCAACGCUCUGCACUACCACAUGAUCAACAGACGCUUGACGUCUGACGACCUCAAGCAUGGCUCUUCGUUCUCCUCCAUGUAUCAGGACUUUGAUGUUCACAUCCAUCAUUAUUCUAACGGAAUUGUGACAGUGAACUGUGCGAGGCUUGUGAAGACAGACCAGCAUGCCACCAAUGGAAUUGUGCAUGUCGUUGACAGAGUCAUCACCGCCAUUACGAACAAUGUCAACUCUUUGAUUGACACCGAUGAUGACUUGGACACUCUACGGACUGCCGUUGCUGCUGCUGGUCUCACAAAUCUGUUGGAGAACGAGGGUACCUACACCAUCUUUGCUCCUACCAAUGAAGCCUUUGAGAAGAUUCCUUCAGAAACACUGACCAGGAUUUUGGGAGAUCCUGUUGCUCUUAAAGAUCUGCUGAAUUACCACAUUCUGAAGAACUUGCACUGCUCUGAGUCCAUUGUGGCUGGAACACCUCUGGAAACCCUGCAGGGCUCUGUGCUGGAAGUCGGCUGCGAUGGUGCAGACAUGACCAUCAACGGCAAAGCCAUCGUCAUGCAGAAAGAUAAACUUGGAACCAAUGGAGUUGUUCACUACAUCAAUGAACUCCUCAUCCCUGACUCAGCCAAGACCCUCCUGGAGCUUGCAGAGGGAUCAGUAGUUACUACAGCCUCAAAGCUUUUUAAAGACGCUGGUCUUACUGAUCAUCUCAUUGGUUCUGAGGCUGUGACCUUAUUAGCCCCACUGGAUGAUGCUUUUAAAGACAAGAGCUUGCCCAUGACACCCGACAUGAAGAAACUGCUGAGAAACCACAUUCUCAAGGAGAGGUUUUCCUCCAAGAGCCUUUACCAUGGGCAGGAGUUGGAGACUCUUGGUGGAUUGAAACUGAGAGUGUUUGUGUUCAGAAAUAACCUGUGCAUUGAGAAUGCUUGCAUUGCUGCCCAUGACAAAAAUGGACGCUAUGCGAAUAUGUUCGUCGUUGACAAGGUCCUGGCACCCCCCAUGGGAACUGUCAUGGACGUCCUGAAGGCAGAUGAUCGUUUUAGCACCUUGGUUGGCGCCAUUCAGAGAGCAGGCCUGACUGAGCUCCUGAACAAAAAAGGGACCUACACCUUCUUCGCCCCCACCAAUUCUGCUUUCAGUGCAAUGCCCCCCGCCGACCUCAACAAACUCAUGAGAGACCCCAAGGAGCUGGCAAACCUUCUGAAAUACCACAUUGGUGACGAGUUCCUGGUCAGCGGCGCUGUGACCUCACAUACCAGAAUGAAGCCCCUUGCAGGCGAUAAACUGGAGUUAGGCACUCGUAACUCCACCAUAUACGUGAACAGGGUGCCUGUUGUGGAGGGUGAUCUGAUGGCUACCAAUGGAGUUGUACAUGCUGUUAAUGUAAUCAUAAAGCCACUGCCUCCUAAAACUGUGAGUGACCAGGCUGAAGGCUCGACAAUCAGACGCACCUCUGCUGUUAGGGCUGGGACUCAUGUAAUGAAAAAUGAUGAUCUCUUCCAGAAGGUCCUGAGAAGUCACAGCAGCAAAGCAAUGUCUCGUGUUCAGUAAACGUAGCUCUGCAAAGUAAAACUGCAAUUCAUUUUAACCUCCACCCCUUUAAGAAGAAGGAAACACAGUUCAAUGUCUUAUUUUGCGCAGUGGAGAGAUAAUCAGAAGACUAAGACAAUCCAGCCAACAAAAUACAGAAUUCUGAAAAUGGAAAACAGUUUGCAUUGCAAAGCAUUGUAACUUUAUCACAUGCCAAAGACCCUUGGAUGAACAGCAAUGUUUUUUUUUUUAAAUAUCACAACUUGAUGACAGCGAUUUGUUACGGCACUUCAUAUGUUUUGGAUAUUCAUUCGACUUCCGUUUUGGACUUUCAGUCUGAAUUAUUUGAAUCAGAUGUUGGUUCAACACUUUUUAUUACCAUUUUGUAUUUCUUUGUAUUGUUUUUGGUUGUUGUAUUUGAUAUACCUGUAGCAUGUUUGCAUGGUUUAAGCUUGAACAAAUGCUAUUUGGGCACAUGAAAACACAGACCAAAUGUAUGUCUUCAUUUACCAUGAUCUACAGUGUAAAACCUGUAACUUGUGAUAUUUUGUAAAGAACCAAAGAUCCCUUUCGGCAUAUUUCAUAAUAAAAUGACCAUUUUGUAGCCACAGAGUUAUAGUUUACAUAACUA